AUGAGCCGGAGCAACGCACAUCGUCUAGAGCAAGAGACGUCGACAGGCCAACCAAAUUGUCAUCAGAAACGCUCAAGAUUUGACAGUGACACACGCUGUUCUGACAACACGGAACGGUGUUUCAAAUCGGCGUCGUCAAAGCCGACGGCACAGAUCCCGCUUAUCCGACGCUCGCUUUCGCCCAGCCCCGCUCCUGCCGCGAGCAAGCUCGACCGUCGUUGGUGGUUCGGCUGGUCAGCCUCGCUCGGCAAGGAACCCGACGACGCCCGUGUCGGCGUGCAUUACAUCCCUCCCCACUGGAUCUUUGAUCAUCCGCCUGCCGACUCGGAUGCGUUCGCGAGGUGGCUCGCGAGACUGCGACAGCAGCAGCCAGACUUCAUCCAGGUGACGCUGCCGGGUGGCGAGUCCAACAAGGCGGGCACGAUCGUUGUCGGGGAUCCUGAGACCCCUUGA